AUUCUCUUUAAAUUUUUAUCUCGAGUAUCUCGUUUAACACAUACAAACGUUGAAAUCAGAAUUUGGUUGUAAAGUCGUUUGAUUGUUCAGUGUGUGCAAAAAAUUUGUUGAGUAUAUUUAUAAAAGUGUUUAUUUUUAAAUUAGAGGUGUACACUUGCCGUGAAGCCACAGCAGGGAUAAUGUUUUGGAUCCUGGUGGCAGUGUUGCUGGCAACACUGUUUUACUACUUUUGCUAUAAACCUUCAAUAUAUUGGAGGGAACGUGGGGUAAAACAACUUGAUUUUCCCAAUGUUUUAAUAGAGAAUUAUUUUGGUUUCUUUAAACCAAUCCCGCUGGUGAAGCUCAUAUCUAACCUGUAUAAUAGAUUUCCAGGUACAAGGUACAGUGGUAUGUACCAGUUUAACAGGCCCCUCCUAUUUGUAAGAGACGUGGAUUUGAUUAAACAGAUGCUUAUCAAGGAUUUUGAACAUUUUAACGAACAUCGUGAUUUUUCUAGCGAAGAAGUUGAUCCAUUGUGGUCAAAAAAUCUUUUUUCUCUAAAAGGCAACAAAUGGAGAAAUAUGCGAUCUACCCUUAGUCCUUCCUUUACCAGCAGUAAAAUGAAAGGAAUGCUCUACCUAAUAACAAAUGUAGCUGAUAAGUUCACCAGUUACUUCCUUAAUCAAGAUAAAGACCUCAUCGAGGUCGAAAUGAAAGAACUGGCUAGUCGAUAUGGAACAGAUGUGAUAGCAUCGACAGCUUUUGGACUUGAAGUCGAUUCAUUGGAAAAUCCCAAUAACGAGUUCUUUUUAAAAGGAAAAGAAUUUUUGGAUUUGAGGAGCAUAAAAGUGAUGGCAAGAUUUGUAAUAGUAAUGUUCUUUCCAAUAAUAGCAAAGUUGUUUAAUAUCAAAUUUCUGAGUGUUCCUAUUACAAAUUUCUUUACAAAAAUAAUACAAGACACUAUUAAACUGAGAGAAGAAAAAGGUCUAGUAAGACCAGAUAUGAUUCAUCUUUUAUUGGAAGCUAAAAAGGGAAAUAUACAUUCUGAAGAUCAUAACAUUGUCGAUGCAGGAUAUGCCACAGUGGAGGAACAUCUGAAAGCUGAUAAAACCGCCGAAAUAACUGAAGAUGACAUUAUCGCUCAAGCUUUUAUUUUUUUCUUUGCCGGUUUUGAUUCAAGUUCUACUCUUAUUAGCUUCUUGGCCUAUGAACUUUGUGCUAAUCAAGAUAUUCAAGAAAAACUUAGAGAUGAAAUUAAAGACACAUUAGACAGCUGUAACGGAAAACUCAAUUAUGAAGCACUUGUGAACAUGAAGUAUAUGGAUAUGGUUGUUACAGAAACUUUACGAAAAUGGCCAGUGCAAGUUGCAAUUGAAAGGGUAUGCACUAAACCAUAUACCAUAGAACCCAGCUCACCUGAUGAAACACCAGUUCAUUUUGAAUUAGGAUCCUCAAUGAUAGUCCCCACUUACGGAAUACACCAUAACCCGGAGUACUUUGCAGAUCCCGAGAUCUUCAAUCCUGAAAGAUUUAGCGACGAAAAUAAAGCCGAUAUCAAACCAUACGCCUUUCAACCAUUUGGCGUAGGACCAAGAAAUUGCAUUGGUUCCAGAUUUGCAAUUUUGGAAACGAAAAUUUUGUUCUUCUAUAUUUUAAAGGACUUUAGUAUUGUCCCUACAGAUAAGACCGUAAUACCUGUUAAGAUGGUCAAUAAUAUUUUUUCUAUAAUGCCUAAACAAGGAUUUAACAUGGGAUUUAAACGCAUUUAAGUUAUUUUUAUUAUUUUGCCAUAUAUAAUAAACUUUGUAACGCUUAACAAGUUAAUAAUAAUAAUAUUAGUGAUAAGCUUUGUUGAAUACUAAAUAAACUAUUUUUGGUAUCAUA